AACUAAAAAAAAAAACACUAAUGCACAUUUUGAUUAAAGGAAACAAAAGUUAAAAGCAGAAACCAAAAAAUGGGUUUUGCUUAAAGAAAGUUUUCAUUUUUUCUUAUUAGCAACUAAUUCCAUGGAUCUGCAGCUCAAAACCCUCUACAUUUUCUACUAAAGUAACUAGCUUUAUCCUUCUACACUUCCUUAGAUAUUAGGUUUCUUAUUAUUAGACAUCUUUCACUUCUAGUUCUUUUUUUUUUUUUGUGAUCUUGUUAUCAUACAGGGAAUUCUUUAUUUGGGGUUUUGAGCUUGUUAUAUGUUGAAGAAAUUUUUCAUUUUUCAGAGUGGGGUUUUAGGUAAAGGAAGUUUGAAGGUAUAAAAAGGGUUGAAUCUUUUUAGUGUAAAAAUAUGAUUCAGUUGUUGUUUAUGGUUCUUUGUUUGGAGGUAUGGUGGCAUUUCUUCUAAUGGUGAAGAUUGGGAGGGAACUGGUAAUGAAGUGUUUGGAUCAGGUGAAUAUUAUAUAUGACAAAUAGUUCAGGUGGCUAAAAAUAAGCAUGCUAUUGAAAUUUUGCAUUGUCAGUAUUACUUAUUUCUUUGUAUGCUAAUUUAUCUGCAUUUGAAGUGCAAUACCUCAUAGGGUUUUCUCUGUUUCUUGGAUUCUUAAUUGAUCGUAUGCACCAUUACCUUCGUAAGCUGAUUGUAUUGCGGAGUAGUGCAGGAUCUUCAAAGAAAGAAUUUGAAAGGCUUGAGAAAGAAAAGCUGCAGCUUAAGGAGAAAGCAGAUAAAGCUGCGGAGGAAAUAAAACUGUCGCAGAAAGAAAUCUCUAGUUUAACAGAGAUGUUGAAGAAGGUUAAGUUGCAGUCAGAUGAGAAAGACAAACGUGUUGAAACUGCGGAAGCUCAUGUUGCUGCUCUCCAAAAACAAGCAGCAGAUCCACUUUUAGAAUAUGACCGCCUAUCUUCAGAAUCAAGCUCAUGGUUCUCGGAGUUGAGAAAAUAGACAGAAUUAGUUGGUUCAAAUUUUUUAACUUUUUGAUACCUGGCUGUGUUGAUCGAACAUAAUGUGCCGGCAUGUCUUGACCCUUCUUUUAGCAGAAGGGAUUUUGGGAAUUGUUGUUUAAUCGUUGAGAAUCUUUUAGUAUAGUUUUUUAGAUAUUCACAUUGUUAAAUUUCACUAUGAAGGGGUUGUUUGAAUGGGAUAGACAAAGU